AUGUCUACACAAGAUCACAACCCACGCGAGGUGUACACGUCUCCCACACAUGUACCGACGCCGCCGAGAUCCGAUAUCCACGAGGUCUCACCGCCGGACUCAUCGUCCAUCAUCAUCACCAGCCCCAAUCAUCAUCAUCAUCACCAGACUCUCCAGCCGCCAGCUUCAGACGAGAUCUGGCGCUGCUGGAACCCCGCCUGCCGCCUCCCCUUCGCAACCGAGGCUCUCGUGACCGCGCACUAUAAUGCCGCGCACCGCUUUCCCACUGCGAAGCUGCUAAAAAGCGGUGUCAUGGUCCGGGAGUGGCCCUGCACUUGGCACUGUGGUGAGAAAUUCGCGUCGAGGCUCAAGCAUAGCCGCCACGUCAAGGUCGCACAUGCCGAGCCGAGGAAAAGGAAGACGAAGGAGGCUCUGAAGGCCUUGGAAGGAGAAGGUGGGAAGGCGGCGGACGGCGAAGUGGAGGAUGGUCACGUUGUCAAGCGUGUCAAGAAGAAGAAAGUGGGAUGA